CCCUCUCCCUGUCCGGCCCCGCCCCCCGCCGUCCAUCCCGCCAUGGCGUCCGCGGGCGGCCCGGACGCGGAGCGGCCGCACCCCAAGCCCUUCCUCAUCGGCGUCAGCGGCGGCACCGCCAGCGGCAAGUCCACAGUGUGCGAGAAGAUCAUGGAGCUGCUGGGGCAGAACGAGGUGGAGCAGCGGCAGCGCAAGGUGCUGAUCCUCAGCCAGGACAGCUUCUACAAGGUGCUGACGGCCGAGCAGCAGGCCAAGGCGCUGAAGGGACAGUACAACUUCGACCACCCGGAUGCCUUCGAUAACGAUUUGAUGCAUUCAACCCUGAAAAACAUUGUUGAGGGCAAAACGGUUGAGGUACCAACGUACGACUUCGUGACACAUUCUAGGCUGGCAGAGACCACGGUGGUGUAUCCCGCUGACGUCGUCCUCUUUGAGGGGAUCCUGGUUUUCUACAGCCAGGACAUUCGGGACAUGUUCCACCUGCGUCUCUUCGUGGACACGGACUCUGACGUGCGGCUGUCCCGCAGAGUUCUGCGAGAUAUGAAGCGUGGGAGGGACCUGGAGCAGAUCCUCACCCAGUACACCACGUUUGUCAAGCCUGCCUUUGAGGAGUUCUGCUUACCGACAAAGAAGUAUGCGGAUGUCAUCAUCCCCCGAGGAGUUGACAACAUGGUUGCCAUAAACCUCAUCGUGCAGCACAUCCAGGACAUCCUGAACGGGGACAUCUGCAAGUGGCAGCGGGGGGCGCUGAACGGGCACGGCCGGACGUACAAGCGGCCCUUCCCGGAGCAGGCGGAGAGCGCCGCCGUGCUGGCGGCCGGCAAGCGCUCGCACCUCGAGUCCAGCAGCCGCCCGCACUAGCCCGGCACGGCCCCGGGGUUUGCCUCUGGUCCACACCAACACUGAAGACAACUUUGGGAAAGGACUUCCACGGAAUGGUUGGUGAAGCGCCCCUUAAGUCGUCCUAGCAGCGGAGGGGGUCCUGGUGGGAAUCUUCUCACAGAGGGGAGAGGAAGGGGUUGGCCUUCCGUCCCGCUUCCCUCCAAACCCCUCCCUGUUCUCUCUGAGAUGUCUGGAGUUGUUACUUGGUGAACUGGUUAAAGGCGGUGUUACUUGCCUUUUUUUUAAUUUUCAGAAUGAGAUCUAAUGCUGAAGAUUCCCCUGAAAAUUAAGCACUAUCGGGUGACUAGCAAGAUAUCCAUUUCCCUGAUGAUGGUCGUCUGUAGCAGGAAAACCAUCUGCCUCUUGGGUAUUGUUCUCUCUGUCCAAGACUAGCUCACAUGCUGUUAAUUUUAACAGGCUCUUACUCUUCUCCACCUUGUUGGCACCUUGAGUUGUGGCCAUGCUCUGCUGCUGGCCAGCCUCCUUCCAGCCUGUGGGACUGACCUGCAGAGGCACCUUUCCCUUGAGACAGGGGUGAGACAGAGACUGACUGGGACAAAUGGGAACUUGCAGUUCACCGGGGGACAGGCCCAAGUUUAGUGGUUCUAGUGAUUCCUAAUUUAUUCCUUUCCAAGCUCCUGAAUCUUGCUACACUGUUUGGUUAUUUUUUGUACCCAGUGUGCUUUACCACAGUUAACUGAAUGUGUGAGCUCCAACUGGAUUGAGUUGCUCAUGGAAACAGAAACCUGACCUUGUCAGUAUUAGUGUCUUUUAGUGCAUUUCUGUACUGCUGGUUGCACAUUCUGCUGGGCAGAAUCCGUCCACUUCCAGAGAUGGCUGGUGAGGUCAGCAAGGGGGGAAACUGGGAAUUGCAGGACCCUCCUCCUGCUGGCACUGGCAGCUGCCUGGACACCCUCAGACAGGGUCAGAGCACUUGCCUUGCACUCCAGCAGCUUCAACUCAAGAAUGUCUGGCUUUCUAAAAAGAGCAGACAAGGAGUACAAACAGUGAUAUGCCAGUUUCUGUAGUUUACCCCAGAUAAGUGAUACUGCAGCAGCAUGAAGUGUCUGUUUGGAAAAGAAAACUGCAAUGAAGUGCUGGUUGGACCUUUGAAAAUGUCCUUGUGAUACUGUUCUUGAGUCUGGACUUAAGGUGUAAUUUUGAGAAUGAGGGUGGGAGGGAAAUGUUUCUAAGAGGAACUUUUUCAUAUUUGCUAAUUUUCUAAAAGCAGGGUUUGGCUGUGUUGGUUGUGGGUGUGUUACUUUGGCUAAUAAAUAAAUGACCAGUGAUCAGAAA